AUGGACGAUUCCGACCCUAUUUACACAUUCUUCCCGGACUCCCUCCAAUCUUCCUCCCCCCAGACGAUCCUGUACGAAGCCCUCAACCUUCCUUCUUCAGCUACUCAAGAAGAGAUCCGAAAGGCUUAUAGGAAACUUGCACUACAGUAUCAUCCGGAUAAACAUUCCCAUAAGAACGAUGAUAAAGAGAAAGAAGAGCUAAAUAAGAAGUUUCAGAGGAUCGGUUUCGCCUAUACGAUAUUGAGUGAUGAGAAGAGUAAGAAGAGGUAUGAUCGGACGGGUAAGACGGAUGAUAAGUUUGAUUCGGUAGGGGAUAUGGAAGGAGGGUGGGAAGCGUACUUCGAGGGGCUGUUUAAGAGGGUAGAUAGGAAGAUACUGGAUGAGGAUAAGGAGAAAUAUCAGAAUUCAUCCGAAGAGAAAUCCGACCUAGUUUCAUCAUACAAAUCCUCCAAAGGAUCUCUCCCAACCAUCCUGAACUACAUCCCCCACUCAAGCUACACUGAUGAAGAUCGAUUCAUUCAAAUAAUCAAUUCACUCAUCGAAUCAGGCGAGUUGGAAUUGACCGAUAAAUGGGAAAAGACAUCAACCGAUCUCAAAGCGAAGGACAAACGACGUAAAGCAGGUGAGAAAGCUGCGAAGGAAGCUGAGAAGCAGGCCAAAGAAUUGGGUGUGUGGGAGGAAUUCUAUGGUAAUGGAGAGAAAGGUAAAAGAAUGUCAGACAAACAGGAAGAGAAAGGGGAGGAGGAAGGGGGAUUGGCAGCUUUGAUAUUGAAAAGACAACGUGAUAGGGAGAAUGGGUUGGAUGCUUUGGAAGAGAAGUAUAGGAAGAUCGAGGAGGAACGAACCGCUAAGAAGGCUAAGAAGGGGAAGAAGGGAGAGAAGAAUGGACAAAUGCCAGACAUAAGCGAUGCAGAUUUCGAAGCUUUACAAUCCAAGUUAUUCUCCAAAAAGGAUAAAGAUGAAGAGAAGAAGGGAAACGGGAAGAAAAAGUCCAAGUAG